CCUGCCUUUUAGGAAAGUGCCUCGCCAUCGCGCGCCUCUCACGCCCACCACCUGCCCUCUUUCUAGGCACCGCGCGAUCUUUUCUCUUUUUUGUCGGCGAAGUAACUUUUGCAUUCCCGCCUCCCCCAGUCCCAGGGACCAGAGGCGGCGCCGAACCUGGGGGCGGUUCCUUGGCAGCGCUGGGUCUAGUCAGAGCCAGACUUUUGCUCCUGGGCUUGGUUUGCAUCAUCCCCAUCACACCCUCGAGAAAGACGAGCCAGCCCCCUUUCCAGCCUCAGCUUCCGGCGAGCGACCCCCUCCCCCUCCGAGCCCCCUUCUCCUUCUCCCAACCCUCUCUUCACCAUAGCAUCUUGGUCACCUCCCUCCACUCCACUGCGUUUGCCUCCACUCCCUCCUGUCCUCCAUCCCCUGUUGGAUGUUGCCCACCCUGAGGAAGGAUGGUUGAUUUGGAGAGCGAAGUACCUCCUCUGCCUCCCAGGUACAGGUUCCGGGAUCUGCUGCUAGGGGACCAAGGAUGGCAAAACGACGACAGGGUACAAGUUGAAUUCUAUAUGAAUGAAAACACAUUUAAAGAGAGAUUAAAGUUAUUUUUCAUUAAAAACCAGAGAUCAAGUCUAAGAAUACGCCUGUUCAAUUUUUCUCUCAAAUUAUUAAGCUGUUUAUUAUACAUAAUCCGAGUACUCCUAGAAAAUCCUGCACAAGGAAAUGAAUGGUCUCAUAUAUUCUGGGUGAACAGAAGUCUACCUUUAUGGGGCUUACAGGUCUCAGUGGCAUUGAUAAGUCUAUUUGAGACAAUACUUCUUGGUUAUCUCAGUUACAAGGGAAACAUCUGGGAACAGAUUUUACGAAUACCAUUCAUCCUGGAAAUAAUUAAUGCAGUUCCUUUCAUUAUCUCAAUAUUCUGGCCUUCUCUGAGGAAUCUGUUUGUUCCAGUAUUUCUAAAUUGUUGGCUUGCCAAACAUGCCUUGGAAAAUAUGAUUAAUGAUCUACACAGAGCCAUUCAGCGUACACAGUCUGCAAUGUUUAAUCAAGUUUUGAUUUUGAUAUCCACACUACUAUGCCUUAUUUUUACCUGUAUCUGUGGGAUUCAACAUCUGGAACGAAUAGGAAAGAAGCUAAAUCUCUUUGAUUCCCUUUAUUUCUGCAUUGUGACUUUUUCUACUGUGGGCUUUGGGGAUGUCACUCCUGAAACGUGGUCUUCCAAGCUCUUUGUGGUUGCGAUGAUCUGUGUUGCUCUUGUGGUUCUACCCAUACAGUUUGAACAAUUGGCCUAUUUGUGGAUGGAGAGACAAAAGUCAGGUGGAAACUAUAGUCGACAUAGAGCUCAGACUGAAAAGCAUGUUGUUCUGUGUGUCAGCUCUCUGAAGAUUGAUUUACUUAUGGAUUUUUUAAAUGAAUUUUAUGCUCAUCCAAGACUACAGGACUAUUAUGUGGUGAUUUUGUGCCCUACGGAAAUGGAUGUGCAGGUUCGAAGGGUGCUACAAAUUCCUAUGUGGUCCCAAAGAGUUAUCUACCUUCAAGGAUCAGCCCUUAAAGAUCAGGAUCUACUGAGAGCAAAGAUGGAUGAUGCUGAAGCCUGUUUUAUUCUAAGCAGCCGCUGUGAAGUGGACAGAACAUCUUCUGAUCACCAAACAAUAUUGAGAGCAUGGGCUGUAAAAGAUUUUGCUCCGAAUUGCCCCUUGUAUGUCCAGAUAUUAAAACCUGAAAACAAAUUCCAUAUCAAAUUUGCUGAUCAUGUUGUUUGUGAAGAAGAGUUUAAAUAUGCCAUGUUAGCUUUAAACUGUAUAUGUCCAGCAACAUCUACACUUAUUACACUACUGGUUCAUACCUCUAGAGGGCAAGAAGGCCAGCAGUCACCAGAACAAUGGCAGAAGAUGUAUGGGAGAUGCUCAGGCAAUGAAGUCUACCAUAUUGUUUUAGAAGAAAGUACAUUUUUUGCUGAAUAUGAAGGAAAGAGUUUUACAUAUGCUUCUUUCCAUGCACACAAAAAGUUUGGUGUCUGCUUGAUUGGUGUUAGGAGGGAGGAUAACAAAAACAUUUUGCUGAAUCCAGGUCCUCGAUACAUUAUGAAUGCAUCAGACAUAUGUUUCUAUAUUAACAUUACCAAAGAAGAAAAUUCAGCAUUUAAGAAUCAUGACCCGCAGAGAAAAAACAAUGUUUCAAGGUCAUUUUAUCAUGGACCUUCCAGAUUACCUGUCCAUAGCAUCAUUGCCAGCAUGGGUACUGUGGCUAUAGAUUUGCAAGACACAAGUUGUAGAUCAGCAAGUGGUCCUACUCUAUCUCUUCCUGUAGAGGGAAGCAAAGAAUUACGCAGACCAAGCAUUGCUCCCGUUUUAGAGGUUGCAGAUACGUCCUCAAUCCAAACAUGUGAUCUUCUGAGUGACCAGUCAGAAGAUGAAGCUGUUCCAGAUGAGGAAAGUUCUUCCAAUGUAGAGUAUGCUAAAGGCUACCCACCUUACUCUCCAUAUAUAGGAAGUUCACCCACAUUUUGUCAUCUUCUUCAUGAAAAAGUGCCCUUUUGCUGCUUAAGAUUAGACAAGAGUUGCCAGCAUAACUACUAUGAGGAUGCAAAAGCCUAUGGAUUCAAAAAUAAACUAAUUAUAGUUGCAGCUGAAACAGCUGGAAAUGGAUUGUAUAAUUUUAUUGUUCCUCUCAGGGCAUAUUAUAGACCAAAGAAAGAACUAAAUCCCAUAGUUCUGCUAUUGGAUAAUCCGCCAGAUGUGCAUUUUCUGGAUGCAAUCUGCUGGUUUCCAAUGGUUUACUACAUGGUGGGCUCUAUCGACAACCUAGAUGAUCUGCUCAGGUGUGGAGUGACUUUUGCGGCCAACAUGGUGGUUGUGGACAAAGAGAGUACCAUGAGCGCUGAGGAAGACUACAUGGCUGAUGCCAAAACAAUUGUCAACGUGCAGACUCUGUUCAGGUUGUUUUCCAGUCUCAGUAUUAUCACAGAGCUUACUCACCCAGCAAACAUGAGAUUCAUGCAAUUCAGAGCCAAAGACUGUUAUUCUCUUGCUCUUUCAAAACUGGAAAAGAAAGAACGUGAAAGAGGUUCUAAUUUGGCCUUCAUGUUUCGACUACCUUUUGCGGCUGGAAGGGUGUUCAGUAUCAGUAUGUUGGAUACACUUCUAUACCAGUCAUUUGUGAAGGACUAUAUGAUUUCUAUCACCAGGCUCCUAUUGGGACUGGACACAAUACCAGGAUCUGGGUUUCUUUGUUCUAUGAAAAUCACUGAGGAUGAUUUGUGGAUCAGAACAUAUGCCAGACUUUACCAGAAGUUAUGUUCUUCAACAGGGGAUGUUCCCAUUGGAAUCUACAGAACAGAUUCUCAGAAACUUACUACAUCUGAGUCUCAAAUAUCUAUCAGUGUUGAAGAAUGGGAAGACACCAAAGACUCCAAAGAGCCAGGGCAUCACCGCAGCAUUCACCGCAACUCCACCUCCAGUGACCAGUCAGACCACCCCUUGCUGCGGAGAAAGAGCAUGCAGUGGGCCCGAAGGCUGAGCAGGAAAGGGCCCAAGCACUCUGGGAAAACUGCUGAAAAAAUAACCCAGCAGAGACUGAAUCUCUAUAGGAGGUCAGAGAGACAGGAGCUUGCUGAACUUGUGAAGAACAGAAUGAAACACUUGGGCCUUUCUACAGUGGGAUAUGAUGAAAUGAAUGACCAUCAGAGCACCCUCUCCUACAUCCUGAUUAACCCAUCCCCAGACACCAGGCUGGAACUGAAUGAUGUUGUAUACUUAAUCCGACCAGAUCCUCUGUCGUAUCUUCCAAACAGUGAACCCAGCAGGAAAAACAGCAUUUGCAAUGCUGCUGUUCAAGACUCUCGAGAGGAGACUCAGCUUUGAUAGGAAGAAAAUGAGACUUAUUUUCUCCUGCAAGGAUCUUGCUUGAAAUUACUGAAGUAUUGCUGACAUUGAAAAGAACCUGACUGGAAUAUAUUUAAUUUUCUCCUAUUAAAACAAACAAAAUCUACUCUCUUAAAAGUGUAGAUAAUUUUGAAACGUAAUGUACAACUUACUGAUAGUUCCCCUGUUAAGAUUUAAAGUACACCAAUAAGAUCCAUCUGAAAAUAAAAUUGAGACAUAAAAAUUUAAAUCUGUUAUUUGACUAGAACAUUAUGAUGUACUGUAAAAAGCCAGUUUUAAACAUGGAUUAAGGUUUUACAGAAGUGUUAAAGAUACUUAACUAUACUUGGUACAUUACAAGAACGUAGAAGAUUGUUGAUCCUCUUAAAAUUAAAUGUGUCAUAUUCUAAUCUUUAGAUUGGCUGUUUUAAAAAGUAUGAUCUCACCAGGAAUGUCUGCUCAUCUCUAUCUAGAGAUCAGCAACAAACUUAUAUGGCUGACUUUUAUGUAAGUGUCAUAGUUUGCUUUAGAAUAGAUCUUUAGUUCAUUUUAAUAAGUUUUGUCUCUUUUCAUAUGGUAUCAUUUUCAUUUUAGAUUUUGUGAUAUUCAUAGCAUGUUUAAUUACAUAGUAGAAAGUAAAACACAAAAAAGAAAUAUUAAAAACCUGAACUAUUGGGUAACUUGACAUCUAGCAUACACUUUAUGCCAAGAAAAGUGUUCUUAAGAGCAAAUUAUUUUGUUCUCCUAAAAACUGCCUAACAUAGAGAAAAUAUUAUAAUCUCUUGCUUAAUUUUAAUCUAAGAACUGAAAUAUUAUCUGGAUAUUUGAGGUGUGCA